AUGUCACGGAUUUUGGUCGCUUUUCUGGUGCUGGGCGCUGUUUGCAGCAGCUCCCUGGCAGAUCCUGUCUAUCGCAAUGGAGAGGAUGUGCAAGUCCCUCAGCUGGAUGGACGCAUUGUCGGCGGCGAGGAUACCAACAUCAUCCACUAUCCGCACCAGAUCUCCAUGAGGCUUAGGGGAAACCACCGAUGCGGUGGCACCGUUUUCAAUGCCCACACCAUCAUCAGUGCUUCGCAUUGUGUAAACACCCUGGCCUCCGUGGAGAACCUGACCAUUGUGGCUGGCUCGUCCAACAUCUGGUUCCCCACAGGACCCCAGCAGGAGCUGCCCGUUCGCGAGAUCAUCAUGCAUCCCAAGUACAGGUCCCUGAACAAUGACUACGAUGCGGCCAUCUUGAUUGUGGACGGCGAAUUCGAGUUCAAUGAGGCAGUUCAACCCAUUCAGCUGGCCAAGGAGCGUCCGGAGCCUGGUACACCGGUGACAGUGACCGGUUGGGGCACCACCAGCGAGGGUGGCGUCAUCUCCGAUGUCCUGCAGAAGGUCAAUGUCAAUGUGGUAGACCACGCGGAUUGCAAGAAGGCCUACCCCAUCUUGCUGACCGGACGGAUGCUCUGUGCCGGUGUCACCGGCGGUGGCAAGGAUGCCUGCCAGGGUGAUUCUGGCGGUCCGUUGAUCCACAACAACGAGCUGCUGGGCAUUGUCUCCUGGGGAACUGGCUGUGCCCGCGAGAAGUAUCCCGGAGUCUAUUGCUCAGUGCCCGAAGUUUACGAUUGGAUCCUGGAGACAGCUGCUGCCUACGAUAAUGUGGGUAAAAUUGAAUUCCUGUAAACUUAUUGUUUCUGUAUUGAAUAUAAUAUCUUUUGGUAAAACUCAA